UAUUUUGAUUUGACAUUAAAAAUCCUAAAAAAAUUCUAAAGGACUUCUAUAAAACGUGUAAAAUUUUAUUUCUUUUUAUGUUAGAAUAAAAGUCGUUAAAAAUGGCACUAACCGAAAAAAUAUUAAUGCGGAAAAUAAAAAAGCGUGAAAAAAAGAAAUUAACAUUAAUACAUAAUAAAGAUAUUGAGGGUAAAUCAACUGCAGUUCAAAAAGAUGAUGAAGUGAUUUCAGAAAGCAUCAAGAUUAAAAAACGGAAGUCUGACAAUACCGAAUCUUCUCCACCAAAGAAGAAAACUAAACAUGUUGAAACACUACCCUUAAAUGCUAACAAUGGAGAUCAAGAAUCACAACCAGAUAAUUUAUUGAAUGAUACUGAUAAAAAUGAUAAACAAGUACCCCUAGAGGAUGUAAUAACUCAUAAUUUCGAAUCUUUAAAAGGUUUUGUCAGUGUUAAAACUCUGAAAGCUGUUGCUGAUAUGGGAUUUGUUUCUAUGACUGAUAUUCAGUUUAAAUCUAUACCAUCAUUACUGGAAGGUAAAAAUUUGGUAGGAACUGCUAAAACAGGCUCUGGAAAAACGUUAGCGUUUCUUAUACCCGCAGUGGAGUUAAUGUAUAAGUUGAAAUUUAAACACAGAAAUGGUGCUGGUGUUAUAAUAAUAACACCAACAAGGGAGUUAUCUAUGCAGACUUAUGGUGUUUUAAAAGAGCUCAUGGCUAAUCAUCAUCACACCCUUGGUUUAAUAAUGGGUGGAGCCGACCGGAAAGCUGAAGUUAAAAAAUUAUCAAAUGGACUUAAUAUUUUAGUAGCCACUCCUGGAAGAUUAUUAGAUCAUCUACAAAAUACUCCAGACUUUGUUUACAAAAAUUUGCAAUGUCUAAUUAUUGAUGAAGUAGACAGAAUUCUAGAAAUUGGUUUUGAAGCUGAAGUAACACAAAUUCUCAACAUUUUGCCUAAAAAAAGGCAGACAAUGUUAUUUAGUGCCACUCAAAGUCAGAAGACUGAAAUGUUAGAAAAGCUUGCUUUCAAAAAGGAACCAAUAUAUGUUCAAGUAGAAGAUAUUAAAAACGAAUCAACUGUUGAAGGACUACAACAGGGAUAUGUAGCAUGUUCUCCAGAGUUACGGCUCCAAUUUCUUUACACUUUCUUGAAAAAACACAGAAAGAAGAAAGUUAUGGUGUUCUUUAGUUCGUGCAAUUCAGUUGAAUACCACUACAAGCUGUUGAAUUAUAUUGAUUUACCUGUGAUGUGUAUUCAUGGCAAACAAAAACAAAUCAAACGUACUAGGACUUUUUUUCAAUUUUCUAAUGCCGAAACUGGUACAUUAUUAUGUACCGAUGUAGCAGCCCGAGGUUUAGAUAUUCCUGUAGUCGAUUGGAUUGUACAGUAUGACCCUUCUGAUGAUCCUAAAGAAUAUAUCCAUAGGGUUGGACGUACAGCUAGAGGAGGUAGCAACGGUAAUGCCUUGCUAAUGUUGCUACCUGAUGAAAUUGGAUACUUGUGGUAUUUAAAACAAGCAAAAAUUCCGCUUAACGAAUAUAAUAUUCAAUGGGAUAAACUUUCAAAUAUUCAAAUGCAGAUUGAAUCCAUAGUAGAUGGUAAUCCAUAUUUGAAGAAAUUGGCUAGAGAGGCUUACUUUUCAUAUAUAAAAGCAUACGAGUCGCACCAGUCCAAAUCAGUUUUCGAUGUAAGCAAAUUAAAUCUGCAAAAAAUUGCCACAUCCUUUGGUUUGAAAAGAUGUCCAAGCACAGAUUUUGUGUCGGCCGAUAGAAAAGGUCAUCGCAAGUUUCAUAAGAAUGGUAGCCAUAACUAUAAACAACGAAAUUUUACUCAAAAUGGCAAUGGUGCUUUCAGGAACAAGAAUAAUUCAAAUGAUAAUAAAUAUAAAAAAUAUUAAAAUAGAAUGUAUUUAUUUGCUAAUUUUAGAUAUUAUGCCUAUAAUU